AUGGGCAAAAUUAAAAGCAUUGAAUAUUUCCGUGUACCCCCUCGCUGGCUGUUCGUGAAAGUUACUGAUGAAGAUGGAAAUCAUGGAUGGGGUGAAAGCACUCUGGAGGGUCAUUCCGAAGCUGUUGAAGGAGCAUUGAAUGCGCUAUGUCAACGAUUUCAAGGUUAUGAAGCCGAUGAUAUCGAGCAAAUAUGGCAAACAGCUUGGCGACUUGGUUUCUACAGGGGCGGUGCUGUUUUCAUGUCAGCUAUUUCCGGUAUUGACAUUGCGCUUUGGGAUCUCAAGGGCCGCCGGUUAGGUGCACCCAUCCAUCAACUGUUGGGAGGCAAGGUUCGCAACAAGGUCUCUGUCUAUGCUUGGAUUGGAGGUGACCGCCCUGCAGAUGUUGAGUCAGCUGGCAAAGCGCGGCUGGAUCAAGGGUUCAGAGUCAUAAAAAUGAAUGCCACAGAGGAUGUGAACUGGCUUGAUUCUCCCCGAGUCCUGGAGUCCAGCGUCGAGCGCCUCAAAGCCGUAAAAGCUCUAGGGCUUGAUGUCGCCCUUGACUUCCAUGGUCGACUCCAUAAACCAAUGGCCAAACAGCUUGCUAAGCUAGUGGAGCCUUACCAGCCCCUAUUCAUCGAGGAACCCCUCCUCUCGGAGCACCCUGAGGGAAUAAAACACUUUUCUAACCAAGUCACGACACCGAUUGCGCUGGGCGAGCGGCUGUACAACCGGUGGGAUGUCAAGCGCUUCUUGGAGAAUGCAAGCGUUGAUGUCUUGCAGCCAGAUAUCAGCCAUUGCGGAGGUAUUUCUGAAAUCCGGCGCAUCGCCGCAAUGGCAGAAGCAUACGAUGUGGCGAUUGCCCCGCACUGCCCCCUGGGCCCCAUUUCGCUAGCUGCUAGUAUUCAAGUCGACCUCACGAUUCCAAAUUUUGUAAUCCAAGAGAUGAGCCUUGGUAUCCACUAUAACACGGAAGCGGGCGCGUAUGAUAUAACCAACUACGUGACGGAUCCUUCAGUUUUUGAUGUCAAGGACGGCUAUGUGGGUGCGCUGACAAAGCCGGGCUUGGGAAUCGAUAUCGAUGAGGAUGAAGUGCGGAGUGUUGCGAUGACCGCGGACUCCUGGGCUCCGAAGGAGUUUUAUGGAGUUGACGGAGGUAUUCGGGAGUGGUAG